AUGCACCCGGGUCUUGAUCUGGUCCCACCGCUUGCGCUGCUGGCCGGCGUCGACGAUCAGCCCGGCCGCCCGGCCUCGCGCCUGCAGACCUCGCGGUCGGGUGAGAACCUGCUCGUUCCGGGCCAUCAUGAUGCCAAAGACAGCUCGGUGCCUGAGAUGGCUGAGAGUCGGACAAGCGAGUCCGGCGAGCGCUCGUCGCGCCGCCGCAAGUCGAAGCAGCGCAGGAACCGUCGGUCGUCGGCCAACACGUCGGCCGCAGCAGGUGCCGCUCCCGCUGCCGACAACGACGCGGCCGGCGGCGACAAGGACGACGCCGCUCCCGCCGCUCCUGCAGAUACUGCCGCCGACAAGAGCGGGCCAGAUGCUGCCGACGUCGACGCUGACAUCGAUGGGGCCAUCCGCGGCAUCGGCGAGGUGUAUGAGGCCGAGUGGGCUCAGCAAGUCCUCGCCGCCAUGGACGCCAAUAUCCCGUUUGUGCGGACGACUGUCAUUGAGGGACUUCGCCUUGUCGGCCACCAGCUUGACGACGGCACACUGACUGCCAUUGCGCUGCUCGCACCCAAGCUCCCACUCGUCACCUCGCUCUUUCUUCGCAACGCCGCUAUCCGGCCGGAUCAGAUGGCGCUCGUCCGCCACAUUGUGGCCACCGCACCCAUCCAGACGCUCGCUGUCGACUUCAACUUUAUGCCGAGCGCAGCAGGAGCGGCGGUCGACUCGUCGAUGUACACAUCACUGCUCACCCAGGUCUCGCUCUCGUCGCUCUCGCUCCGCGGCAACCACCUCAACGAUGCCGACGCCGCCGUCCUCGCUGAUGCGCUCAAGUCGAACCACUCGCUCACUUCGCUCAACCUCUUCCACAACGAUGUGACCGAUGUCGGUGUCGCGGCCCUCUCCGAGGCGCUGCGGGUCAACCAGCGAUUGGUCUCGCUCUCGCUUGCUCGCAACGCGGUAACCACUGUCGGCGCGCUCUCGCUUGCCUCGACACUCUCGCGCUACGCCAUGUCCGAAGAGGAAAUCGAACUGCGAACCCGCAUGAUCGGUAUUAUCGACGAGUCGUCGGCCACCAAUGAGCUGCUCCGCUCUUCUGGAGUCCAGCCGUCGAUGACGGGUGGGCAGGCCGCAACGCCGGUGCGUGGAACCCCUGUCGGUCGCAUCAAGCGCGCGUCCGCCGCUACCCCCUCGCCGAGAAAUCGCGCUCGCGCGAGCAAGGGCAAGGGCAAGUCGUCGCGCCGGUCGUCGCGCCACCAGAGCGGCGGCGGCGGCGGCGGCAAGCACGACCGCCGCGACCGCGGGCGCUCUUCGCGUCACCGCGGCAAGGGCAAAGUGGAGCCACCACCAAAACCUGAAGAAACCGAGACGCUGGCAGACAUGCUCGGUGGCAUCGAGGUCGUUAACGGCAAGUACUACGCCGAAGGCAACCGGGUCCUCACCUCGCUCAAUCUCUCGCACAACGCCAUCGACGAGGCCGGCGCCCUCAAGCUCCUCGAGGCUGCCGUCGUCAACCCGGUCCUUGCCCGGCUUGCCCUCGACCGCAACGAAGGGGUGUCGGAGGCGACGCGGAGCCAGCUCCAGGCCUUGCUGCUGGAGCGAGACCCGCUGUUUGUCCAGUGGCGCGCCGCCAUGAUGGCUCAGGCCGGUAGCAUGGCGGAUGGCAGCGCGGGCGACGACCAACCAUCGGCCGCCGCUGCGGCUGCAGCUGCCAUCGCCGCCGCUGCGGCGGCUGAGGCCAGUGAGCAAAGCAAGGCGGCGGCGGCGGCGGCCGAAGCCACCGAAGGCGGUGAUGAGGCGUCGGCCGCGUGCGACGCGAGCCAGCCGGAGCUGGCCGACGCCACCACCGUGGCGACCACGACUGACGCCGACUCGAAGAGUGGAUACUCGUCAGACAACUCGUACUCACUUCCGUCGUCGUGCGACCGCUCGGCAUCGCGCUCGGUCUCGCGCUCGGUCUCGCGCUCGUCUAUGCUCCAUAACCAGCGUGGCUCGUCGCACUCGCUUGCGGCGCAGAGCUGA